UUGAACUCUGACCCCGCCCACCGUGUACGUGGAGCAAAAACAAUUACUCAUAUGCUGCUCGUUUUCUCUUCUGACCUUAGUCGUGCAAGAAUUUUUGAGAAAUAGGUACUGACCGGUGGUAUAUUAUUUAACAAACUAUAUGAGGAAGCUGAUGUUAUCUUUAGAAGUCAUGUUUUCUACGUUUGCUUGACAGCCAAUGAUAGCACUCCAGGUAACGUUAGCUAGCUAACUAAUGUCGCUAGCAAGAUAGCUAGGUAACCCAUAAAACAACACAGGUAAAUUGUUCAACUGCGUAAGCUGGGAAUGUAAAUAACUUUUGAAAUGAAAACUAGCUAGCAAUCAUUAUCAUUGUCUUGCAUUUACGAACCCCGGCAGUGGUUGUGUGUGACAUUUAGCUAGCUAGCUGAUUAACUAAACCGAUGGCUCCUAUGGGAAUCCGUCUUUCGCCACUUGGAGUGGCCGUGUUUUGCUUAUUGGGACUCGGCGUGAUCUACCACCUGUAUGCCGGAGUUAUAUCCAGCCGCAUAGCUGCUUUCACGUCGAAGAGAACAGUGAAUCUCCGCGACCUGCUCGCACUGUCAGUGGAGGCUGCAGUCCAGGGCGGUCGGGAGGUGAAGAGGGUCAGAGAAGAGGACAAGUUAGAAGAGAAGACCAAGGGGAAAACGAAGGAAGGGGCGAGUGAAAAGCUCACUCAGGGGGACUUAAACUCUCACAGAAAGAUGUAUUAUCUUAUCAAGAACACUUAUCCAUAUGUACAGGUGAACUCUGAAGAGCAUGAUGAGGCCAACAAUGAGCUGGGGGUGUGGAACAGAGACAUCCCUGCUGACAUCCUAAAAAGCGUGGAGGUGGGCAGGGAUGUGCCUGCUGACAGUAUCACCAUCUGGAUAGACCCACUGGACGCCACUCAAGAGUAUACAGAGAACCUGCUCAAGUAUGUCACGACCAUGGUGUGUGUGGCCGUGGAUGGGAAACCUGUCAUAGGCGUGAUCCACAAACCUUUCACAGGAUACACAGCUUGGGCCUUGGUUGGUCAUGGGUCUAACAUGAAGCCUCGCACCACCUACAACAUGAACCCCCCCAAGGUCAUCGUGUCCCGGUCACAUGCCGGGAAGGUGAAGGGUUUCAUCGAGGAGGCCUUCGGCAACACUACAGUUAUUCUCCCAGCAGGGGGCGCAGGCUAUAAGGUGUUGGCUCUGCUGGACCCCCUUGAUGAGGACAUUGAGAAGGCUGACGUGUACAUCCACGUCACCUUCAUCAAGAAGUGGGACAUCUGCGCCGGCAACGCCCUGCUCGCGGCCCUGGGAGGUCACAUGACUACGCUGAAGGGCGAGGAGAUAGACUACUCGGGGGCCGCGGGCAACAGGGAGGGUCUGCUGGCCAGCGUCAAGGUGGACCACCAGGACCUGGUGGCCAAACUGCCGGCAUGGGACUCCUCUGACAAACACUGAGGAACACACACACAUAUUCACAGACACAGAUAUUUACACACACACGUGCGCGUACACACACACACACACACACACACACACACACAGAUGAUCAGAGACAAAUGGACAAGAUGACCAUAAGCCUUGAAGACCUAACAAGCACAGAUGAGAGGACAAGACAAUAAUGCAAUAUAUUACAAAGCCCGCCAGUCUCCUUCAAACUCCUUUCUCCAUUUGUUAAUGUUUGUUAAGCUAGAUAGGUUAACCAUUUGAGGAGAUAAAUUGUUUAACUCUCGCUUAACACCUUACAUGAUAGGGGUGGGGUUUUGGCUGCUGCAAUGCGAAUCGAGUUUGAAUAUUGGAAUGGUAGUUUGAGUAGAUCUUUGCUUUUGACACAGUCCCAACGUGAAAAUCCUACAUCCUGGGAAGUCUUAACUGCUGACAUGCAAGAUAUUUUGGGAUUGUACAGUGGACUAAUGGAAAAAAUACCAAAAGAUUGUUUGAGUGGAUUUGUCCUUUAAUGCAUGGUACUUCCUUCAGAUUCACAUUCAUUUGAUUGUUCUGUAUGCAUGUGAAGGUACAGUUUCCUUAUUUUGUCAUGAAUAUCAUCAGAGUUCAGUUUGUAUCGCAGCCUCCUCCGCCUCCACCUUUUGGGGAAAAAGGCUAUACAGUGUGUUAAAUCCAUACGUGGCUUAUUUAGUCAAUGCAUUUGUAAGUCUACUCUACUAGAAACCAUGCUUUUGUACGUAUGUUAAGUGGAAAUACUUAUUAGCUAAACAUGCUAAUUUAGCAACAAUAUAUUGGAGAUCUUUGGUAAUGCUUUAGAUUGUCAAUAUACAGUAGGGGUGUUCUGUUGACAUUUGGAGUAGACCAUCCAUACAUGGAUAUCACGAACACUGUGAAUACUAACUGUAUUGUCCAACUGCGCUUUCUCAAAAGGACUAUUUUUGUGCCGUGUGUGCAGAUGUUUUGUGUCUGAACUGGAUGUGAUUGCUAAGCCUGUGCAUAUAGCUGUCAUGUAGCUGUGUCUCUCAAACUCCCCUCUUGUGUUUCAAAUGAAAUGGCGGUGUGCAUGACAUCAGUGACGGGGUUAUGACUGCUUCAUACGUGAUCGAGAUCGUUUCAUUUCCGUUUGACGUAUGUUGCACUGUUGAGAAUUACAGGUUCAAAGCUGUCCCUGUCCAUUAAUUGAACCCGUUUCUAUCAGCACUUGUCAUGUUUUCAAAAGAUAGUGUAUCUUUGAAGAGAUUACAGCAAAAAUAAAGACGCAGAAUGAUGGAAUCCUAAA